GAGAAUAACUUGUUCAACAAGGAAGGAUUUGAUUUCAUAUCGGGGAAAAUGCAUUUGAAAAUUCUGGUUUUAAAUAUCCUCAUGUUAUGCUCACUAGACUGUGUUUACGGUCACGGCCGACUGAUUGAUCCACCAUCUCGUUCUACUAUGUGGAGAUACGGCUUCAGCAAUCCACCAAACUAUGACGACAACCAGCUUUACUGCGGCGGAGUUCAGGUUCAGUAUGAGCAAAACGGUGGGAAAUGUGGGUUGUGUGGAGAUAAUUGGGCCGGUGCACACGAAAACGAGGCUGGCGGGAAAUAUGCAAAUGGUAUAAUUGUUCGCACGUUCCAGCCGGGUCAGGUGAUGACAGUCGCCGUAGAGUUGACGGCAAAUCACAAGGGUUACUUCGAGUUCAAACUGUGUGUGAACGACGACCCGCGGAGGAAAGUCACACAAGACUGUCUUGACCAGUACGUACUUCAGGUCGUGAACCCUGACAUCCGAGGAACUAGAUAUCCUGUACCCAACAAAAAUGGCUACCAGAAACUCUCGUUGCAGGUCCAGUUACCAAGUGGUGUGCGGUGUCGGGAUUGUUUGCUCCAGUGGAAAUACAACGCCGGAAAUAGCUGGGGAAGAGACCCAAAAACCGGAGAACAAUGUCUAGGGUGUGGAAACCAAGAGCAAUUUUACGGAUGCGCCGAUAUCGCAAUCGGACAUUCUGACAUACAAGAAGGUCUUUCUCUAAUUACAGGCAAAAACAUGAAGACAUCAAACUCUAUGACGGUUCCUCCUCCACCACCUGACGGCCUUACAUUUGGAGAUCCUUGGGCAUCACGACCAGAUCAACAAGGCGAUCCUCUUGUAACUCAGUCCUUUGUGCGAGCAACAGAGCAAGGGGUUAUUAUGUACAAAGACUUUGAGGAGUUUCGAAGAAGGUUUAAAAACAGUAGAAUCCAACCAUGCGUAUGUCAUUCCUGCGUUGGAUCUACUUGUGUGUGCGAAUGCUUUUCCAGCGGAAGCACUUCUGUGGUCACUACAUGGUAUCAGCGUUUAUAUAUGAUGUUGAUAGCCAUAGUCACGUGCUUAGUGACGUAUUAUGUGAAUAGGAAUUGAUUAUUCAGUUAUUCUCAAUUCUAGUUAUGAAAGUUUGACAGGAUGUGCCAAAUCUGACUAUGCAAGAAUCAAGACUUAUAUUGAAUACUGAAAUCUUAACAUGUGGAAUUAUGAAAAUGAGCACGAAGGAAAUGUGUUUGAAAUGGUGCUGGAUAAGCAUAAUGAAUUU